CGGCUGCGAGAGAGAGAGAGAGAGAGAGAGAGAGAAGGAGAGAGAUGUCGGAAGACGCUUUAGUUUUCUACAUAGUGAACAAAAUUGGAGACUUAUUCACCCAAGAAAUUCCUCUAAUUUGGAAGGUGGCGGACGAUGUUGAAUCGCUGAAACAAGAACUGCAGGCACUCGAGAUCUUCCUCAACAAGAUGGACUACAAGCAGAGACAGGACGCGGCCACGAAGAAUUGGUUGAGCUCCGUAAGAGAUGUAGCAUAUGAAGCAGAGGACUUGAUCGACACCUAUUCGCUCGAGAAGAGGUACGCUCCUGCCACUAGGAUAUUUCAUUCUUAUUCAGUGAAUAAACAAAUCGAAGAGUUGAAAUCCAAGAUCCAUGAGAUUGUCGAACGUCGAACUAUUUAUAUGCCUAAAUUGCACGAGCAAAGAAGCGAAGGAAGCAGCAGUAUUGCAGCUGCAGAUCAAGGUCAUUUGCAUGCAUGGAGACGGUCAUUUCCACACCUUGGUGACGAUGUGGUUGUUGGUUUCGAACAUGAUGCUAAUCUUAUAGUGGAAAGGUUGCUUCACUCGAAGAGGCGUCAACAGGUUGUAGCCAUUACUGGGAUGGGUGGUGCAGGCAAAACCACCCUAGUAGCUAUGGUUUAUAAUUUAGUUUCUAGAUUUCCUAUAAGUGGUCGCACCUACUUUACCCGACUUAAAGAAAUGGACCCCAGAGGUGAACUUCAAAACCACUUUGAUGUUUGUGCUUGGGUGCCUGUUCAUCAAGAUCCCGACAUUAUGGACCUUUUGUUGAUCAUGAUCGACCAACUAGGCUUAAGUGAAUCUAUGAACUCUCCGACAGUUGCACAUUCUUAUCUGAGGAGAUGGCACAUCCAGCGCUUAAAGGAGAAGCUAUAUUGGUUUUUGAAGCAGAGGAGAUACCUAAUAGUGUUGGAUGAUAUCUGGAGGAAAGAAGUAUGGAAUCAAUUAAAACCAGUUCUUCCAAAUUCGGACAACGGAAGUAGAAUAAUAGUAACAACUCAAUUCAAGGAUGUUGCCAUUUAUCACAACCCAGGUUCUGAACCGUACGAAAUGAGGCCGUUAAACGAGGAUGAUAGUUGGCGACUUUUCUCUACAAAAGUGUUUCCACAAUUAACUCCGAAUCACCAACCUAUAUGCCCAAGAGAACUAAAGGACUUGGGUCGUCAGCUCUGUAGGAAAUGUGCUGGUUUGCCUCUUGCUCUGGUGGUACUGGGAGGUCUUGUCUCGAUAAAACUUAAGCAUCCAUUGGUAUGGUCGAAAUUACUUGAUAACAUGAACUGGGAUUCGACAGAUGAUGCGAAGCAAUGCUUAGAAAUCCUUGCUUUAAGCUACUACGACUUGCCUUACGACAUAAAAUUUUGUUUUCUUUACUUGGGAGCUUUCCCAAAAGGAUCUGAAAUCAGUGCCUCAAAAUUGACGAAGUUGUGGAUCGGAGAGGAACUGAUACCAAAAGAAGAAGGUAUAACACUAGAGGGUACUGCAAGCAACUACUUGGAGGAGUUGGCACAAAGGUGCCUGGUUGAAAUAGUGAAGCGAGGACCUGAUAUGAGUAUAAAAAAGGUAAGAGUCCAUGACCUCUUGGGUGAUCUAGCAAAGUCAGAAGCAAGAGAGAGUCGAUUCCUUUGGGUAGAAACUAUAAUUAGUAUUGAAGAGGAAUCAAAGCCCCAAGAGAUGGCUGCUCGUCGUAUGGCGCUCCAUCAAAGGUCCGAUGUAUUAACAGGAAUUUUUGAUGAAAAAUUAAGAGCUCUUUUAGUUUUCCCCACAGGCAGAAUCAUUCAAACCUCUAGCAACAAAAGGAAAAGAUGGUUCCCUAAUUGGUCAAUAGAUUACUUCAAGAUUUUUCAAAACAUUAUUCGGACUGAUAAAAGAAUGGAAUUCCUCAGAGUGCUCGAACUUAAUGGAUUUAGAAAAAACAACAAUCCUGAACUUCAUAUUAAAGGUAUGACUAGAUUAAGAUACUUGGGAUUGAAAGAUACCAAUUUUGCGAUGUUACCAUUUUCUGGAGGGAUCCCUUCACAUCUGCAAACUCUAGAUAUAAGAGGUACAUCUAUCACAGAGUUGCCAUCUGAAGUUUGGACGCUUUCAAAGCUUCGCCACUUAUACUUGAAUUCAAUGAGUUUGCUAGACUCACAAGUGUUGAGAAACAUGCAAACUCUUUCGGAAGGUGCUUCUGCUAAUAGUAUCAGAAUGUCUUGCAUGCCACUGCAUAAUCUUCAAACCCUUAAAAUUGAUGCUGAUCGCGACACUCCAAAAAUUACCGACAGCAAAUUGGUUGGGUAUCUUAACUUUUUAAGAAGUCUGAACUCUCUGACAUUACGAGCCAAGAAGAUCCCUCAAGAGGUUUUUACAGCAACAUCAGCUCAUGCAAAGUUACAUAAGUUAAAGUUAGAUGGAACAUUGCAACCUGACGAACUCUGCGGUAUCGAAAAUUUCGCACCUCACAUCACCGAGCUCACAUUGUCUCGCUCAAACUUGAAAGGAGAGCCGACACAAAUACUAGGGCAGCUAAAAAACCUUAGGAUUCUCAAAUUGACAGAUAAUGCUUGCCAAUGUCGAGAGAUUUCUUGUUCUCCAGGCAGCUUCCCAAAUUUAUCUUACCUUAAGAUCAGCAACCUAUCUCAUCUAGCGCUGCUCAACAUUGAGCCCGGAUCCUUUCCAAAUCUCAUGUGCUUGUCGAUCCAUUGUUGCACCAAUCUGCAUGCAGUUCCGAAUGGUCUGAAUCAUGUCACCACCUUACAAGUUUUAAAAUGUAAAGAGAUGCCCUCUAGUUUCGUGGAGGAGAUUAAUGACUGGCGCAGGACGCAUCCUGUGAGAGUCAUCAUCCAAGACCGCCAGCCACCGCAAGAUCUUUCUCCAACAGCCUAAACAUAUCGGCCUUUUUGAGAAGGAAGUUUAAAAAAGAAGGCCGCUUUGGUUUGCCUCUUGCUCUGGUGGUACUGGGAGGUCUUGUUUCAACAAAACUGAAGUUUGUGUCGUAGAAUAAGAAGGAAUUACGUUCUAUUUUGGCUUGCUGUUCAAUAAAUGUCGAAGCUACUAUUGACAAUUAUUUUGUCUUCGUUUAAGUUGUCUAUCAAGUUUACAAGUUGUUCAAUCUAUGCAGUAUUGUUUGCUUUCGUGACUAUGCAUAUAUAGCAGUUAGUGCUGGUCUUCUCUCUGCGAGAGUGUUUCCGAUUGUAUUGUUGAUUGAUAUUAUAGUUUGUUAAGCUUACUUAUUUCUUAAAAGCUUACAAUUUCAAUGACUUGA